GGGUGCUGGCGGUGGCGCGCGACCCGGAACUGACCGCCGCGGGAAAGAAGCGACCCCGGCCCGGGAUUGGCGGCCCGGAGCUGGGGACCGGAGCUGCUCAGCGUCUGUCGAGUGACAGAUUGGUCACUGGAGCUGGCAGCCCUGUACGAGGCUGCCACUGCUGCUCCCCUGCUGUGCCUGCUCUUGACUCCAUGUCUGGUCUCCAAGGAGAAGUCCCACCAGCGAACAGGGACCCCUCUGAGCUAAGGACACCAUGGCCACGUCAGCACCACUGCGGAGCCUGGAAGAGGAGGUAACCUGCUCCAUCUGCCUCGAUUACCUGCGGGACCCGGUGACCAUUGACUGUGGCCACGUCUUCUGCCGCAGCUGUACCACCGACAUCCGCCCUGUCUCAGGGGGCCGCCCCGUCUGCCCCCUCUGCAAGAAGCCUUUUAAGAAGGAGAACAUCAGGCCCGUAUGGCAGCUGGCCAGCCUGGUGGAGAACAUUGAGCGGCUGAAAGUGGACAAGGGCAGGCAGCCAGGGGAGGCGGCCCAGGAGCAGCCGGACCCGCGUCUGUGCGCGCGGCACCGGGAGAAGCUGCACUACUACUGCGAGGACGACGGGCAGCUGCUGUGCGUCCUGUGCCGGGAGUCCCGGGAGCACAGGCCCCACUCGGCCGUCCUGGUGGAGAAGGCCGCCCAGCCCCACAGGGAAAAAAUCCUGAACCACCUGAGUACCCUAAGGCGAGACAGAGACAAAAUUCAGGGCUUUCAGGCCAAGGGAGAAGCUGAUAUCCUGGCUGCGCUGAAGAAGCUCCAGGACCAGAGGCAGUGCAUCGUGGCUGAGUUUGAGCAGGGCCACCAGUUCCUGAGGGAGCGGGAGCAGCACCUGCUGGACCAGCUGGCGAAGCUGGAGCAGGAGCUCACAGAGGGCAGGGAGAAGUACAAGACCAGGGGCGUCGGGGAGCUGGCCCGGCUGGCGCUGGUCAUCUCCGAGCUGGAGGGCAAGGCACAGCAGCCGGCUGCAGAGCUCAUGCAGGACACCAGAGACUUCUUAAACAGGUAUCCACGGAAGAAGUUCUGGAUUGGGAAACCCAUUGCUCGAGUGGUUAAAAAAAGGACAGGAGAAUUCUCAGAUAAACUUCUGUCUCUGCAGCGAGGCCUGAGAGAAUUCCAAGGGAGGCUGCUGAGAGACUUGGAAUAUAAGACAGUGAGUGUCACCCUGGACCCACAGUCGGCCAGUGGGUACCUGCAGCUGUCGGAGGACUGGAAAUGUGUGACCUACAGCAGCCUGUACCAGAGUGCUUACCUGCACCCGCAGCAGUUUGACUGUGAGCCGGGGGUGCUGGGCAGUAAGGGCUUCACCUGGGGCAAGGUCUACUGGGAGGUGGAGGUGGAGAGGGAGGGCUGGUCCGAGGAUGAAGAGGAGAGGGACGAGGAGGAAGAGGGGGAAGAGGAGGAGGAGGAAGAGGAGGCCGACUACGGGGACGGAUACGACUAUUGGGAAACGGAUGAGGACGAGGAAUCGUUGGGGGAUGAAGAGGAAGAAGAGGAGGAGGAGGAGGAGGAAGUUCUGGAAAGCUGCCUGGUGGGGGUGGCCAGAGACUCGGUGAAGAGGAAGGGCGACCUCUCCCUGCGGCCAGAGGACGGCGUGUGGGCGCUGCGCCUCUCCUCGGCCGGCAUCUGGGCCAACACCAGCCCCGAGGCUGAGCUCUUCCCGGCGCUGCGGCCCCGGAGAGUGGGCAUCGCCCUGGAUUACGAAGGGGGCACCGUGACUUUCACCAAUGCAGAGUCACAAGAACUCAUCUACACCUUCACUGCCACCUUCACCCGGCGCCUGCUGCCCUUCCUGUGGCUCAAGUGGCCCGGAACACGCCUCCUGCUGAGACCCUGAGCCCCGACUCCUGCUCCCAGCCCCACACCUGCAGAUGCUUCACUUCUCUGGAAUUCCAGUGCUCUGUGGCAGGGGAGGAGGUGCCUGGCCAGAGCACCCAGAGCAGGAGAGAGGUGGGACCCCCCUGUCUGCUGCCACUCCCCUCCCUGUGGCUGUGGCCCCCUUGAGAUCUCACUCCGUGCUGUUCCCUCCAUCCUGCCCUAAAGCUCUUCUCCCGCCUCCAGGGGUUCCCAGGCUGACUUCUGACCAUGAAGUCCUUGAGGUCUCCUCCCUCCCUCCUGCCCAUGGCCUUUGACCCAGCUCUGCCAUCUCCUUGUUCAGUAAGAGGCAAGGCAGCAUUUUCUUGCCCAGUGCGGCAUCCAAUGCCAGCUGCUCUUAGGAAAGACCAGUUGACUCCUACACCGAGGGCCAUUUUACUCUUCUCUAAUCCCAUAUCUUCCCUUUGCCCAAGCCCACUUCUGCCACCUGCCUUCCCUGGUACUUUCAACACACCUACUGCCAUCCCAACUGAGAGUCAAUCAUACAUGAAAAUGUUGAAAAUGAGCUGAGUGGAGUUCCACGGAGGCGUCCUAGGCCAUUGAAGCCGCUUGGAAUGCCCAUGGAAAGCAUCUCCUCGUAAGGCCCAGAGUCCAUGCUUCUCUGAGACCAGGGCUGAGUUUGUGGGGUUUCCAGAAGUGGGAGCAGGGCCUCCCUGAAAGCAUCUAAGGGCUGAGGUGGGGAUCGGGAUAUAUGCGGCUUUGGGGUAACAGUAUCACCUCUAGGGGAUGGUCCUCAGGAGGAGAGUUUUUGAAAGAAUCCAGGGUAUCCUGCUCUUGUCAGUCCAUAUAAAAACACCAGGGCAAAGAAAAUAUCCAGUCAAGCAAAACCUGUCCUGCCUUGGAAGCCCUGAUCUGUUUUUGCAGCAAGAUACUAAGCUUCCAUCACUGGCCCUACUCAACAUCCAGGUUCCGUUUUCCCAGGAACGGGGCUGGGGAGGGCAAGAUGGCUGUGCCAGGAGAAGGCAGCAGGUGCUCGCCCCCCUCAAUAACCCACAAAUCUUCAUGUCAAGAGAGGAAUCAAAGCAUAUCUUCUUUGCCCGCGGGCCCAACCCACGUCCCAGUCUCUGUCCAGGCUCCGCUAGUGCUUGCCGUUUGGCACAAGCUCCUGCUCCAGCCAGAUUACCUCGCAGCCUUCGACCUCAUCCAUCCCAAGCACUCUGCCAGCACCCAGCUUAGCCAGUCUUAACUCCUCCCCCUGCUCUAAGAGACUGUUCCCAGCCGCUGUGGAUCUCGGUGGUCUCUUCACCUCGACAUCAUCUGAAGUUGCACUCUGUGUAUUUCACAUGCUGCCUGAGUCAUGUACAUCUGAUUUCUGCCUCUAGUUUUAUAAGCUCCUUGAGGGCGGAUACUGUAUCUUAUACUUCUCUUGUAUUCUCCAUAGCACCUAGUGCAGUGCUGGGCACAGAGUAGGUGCUCAAUAAAAACAUGUUGAAUAAACA